AACAAUAAUACAUCCUUUCCCCUAAAUAUCUCUCUCUAGAAAACCCUAACCAGCGGCUGGGGUGUCUGUGCGGCAAGGCUCAUACGGCGGUCAAGCUCGUUGCGUGCAAACAGUACGUAACAACUGGUGCUCUCGUUCUACGAUCUCUAUGGCCUCCUCCGAUCAGCCUCACACCUCUUUGACGUUAAAUGAUGUCAUGCAUGCUAUCGAGGAAUUGGGCAAGGACUUGCAAGCAACGAAAUCCCGGGUUGCGGAGUUGGCAGACUCCCGACGAACCACGUUCGGGGAGAAUCCGCGCUAUUUUUCAGCCACUAAUUCUGGGUGGCGACCUCCGGCAUCCCGCACAACGCCACCAACGCUGGAUCCAGCACCACGGAUGCGUGUCGACGCUCCUCGUUUCUCCGGUGAGGACCCUACUGGCUGGAUCUUCAGAGUUCAAAAAUAUUUUGAUUAUUUUCUCACCCCGGAACCAGAACGCUGGCAUUUGGUGGCGAUGUUCAUCGACCAUCCGGCAUCGGAGUGGUUCCACUAUUUUCAAGCCAAUAAUCCAAUGGCAACUUGGCCAGAAUUCUUGGAUGCCGUACAGCAAAGGUUUGAUCCUACAUAUUAUGAGAACUAUGUUGGGCUUUUAUCCAAAUUAACCCAAUCGUCGACGAUACUGGCUUAUCAAACUGAGUUUGAGACCAUCCUGAAUAAGGUCUCCGGCGUUCCCGAAUCAACUCUCAUCGCCAUGUAUAUUGCUGGGCUCAAGCAACCGAUUCGGCGUGAAGUGAACCUUCGCAAUCCCACUACACUCCCGCUGACUUUUGCCUUGGCACGUGAGCUUUCCGCUUGUCAUUUAGAGGCUGCCGGUUCUUACAGUAGGGAGCUUCGCCGUCCGUGGUCUGCACGGCCACCCACCACUCCUUCGGCAGGUCUGCUCCCCACUCCGGGACCAUCAAGUCGGCCGUCUCCGGUGCCCCAAGCCAGUCACAACAGCGAGUCAUCUCCCAAACUACCGGUGGUACGCCUCACGAAUGCCGAAAAGACAGAACGUACAAAGAAGGGUCUGUGUUGGUAUUGUGACGAGAAGUGGAUUGCCGGGCAAAACUGUAAACACCGAUUUUUGCUCUUGAUGGGGCCUGAUGAAGAAGACGCCGAGCCACUGGAGCAGCUAGACACGCCCAAUAGUGAUGAUCUUAUAAUAGCGGAUAUUUCAAGCAUGCAUGCCCUCGCCGGUAGCCCGAACCCACGUGCUCUUAAAUUGGCCGGUAUGGUGAAUGGGUCGGCGGUUCAAGUGCUCUUAGACAGUGGGAGUACCCAUAAUUUCAUCCAUCCAGGAGUUGCAGAGCGCCUUCAACUGGUCCUUCAUCCGGUUCCGUCAUUCCGUGUGUAUGUGGGCAACGGUGAUUCUCUUCGGUGCGCCUAUGCAUGCCCCCAAACGGCCAUCUCCCUGCAAGGUCAUGCCUUCCUUAUUGAUUUAUAUCUUCUUGAAAUUCAUGGCACCGACGUGGUUCUCGGUGUUCAGUGGCUGCAAACCCUAGGUAAAGUAGCCCACGACUAUGCCCAAAUGACUAUGGAAUUCAUGUGGCAGGGCAAUUCCAUCACCUUACAUGGCAACACUCCAUCCCCCCGGCAGAUUUCCUACGGACAGUUUUGCACCAUGGUCGCUGCCUCCACUUCUUGGGCUCUUUAUGAAUUGGUGGUUUCACAGCCCGAGAAGGCGCCCCCUGGUGAUGCGCACAUGGAUGUUCCGACCGAUGUUCCAUCAUCACUUCGGGCCGUCAUCCUUGAUCAUGUCAUCCAAACACCCGAUCAACAAUUCUACAUCCGGAAGCUAAUGGGAUUCAAAUUCCGGAUUGAGUACAAGACCGGGACAUCCAAUCGAGCGGCGGAUGCUUUGUCACGGCGUGAUGAGGAUGACGCAACCGUGCUAUUUGUUGCCACUGCCCAGCCACUUCCCCUUCUUCUUGAUUCCCUCCGGGCAGAGAACGGUGCACUCCCCGAUUUGCAGCGGCUUCAUGCAGAGUGCGAGGCAGGAAGAGCUCCAUCACAUAUCUCGGUGCAGGAGGGGCUACUUUAUUAUAAGCGGAGGCUCUAUGUUAGUCCGGGGUCCCCUUUGCGAGAUCGGAUACUGACCGAGUUUCAUAGCACUCCGCUUGCGGGUCACCAGGGAGUAGAGCGGACAUUUCGACGAAUUGCGGCAGUGUUUUAUUGGCCAGGUUUACGGCGCGAAGUUCGUCGGUUUGUAGCGUCAUGUGAGAAUCGUAUGCGAGCCCAAGCUAAUAAGCACCGUAGGGACGUUUCCUUCGACGUGGGCGACUGGGUAUUAUUGAAACUACAACCCUACCGACAGUAUUCCAUUGCCCGCCCCCUCUCGGCCAAGUUAGGACACUGCUAUUAUGGUCCUUUUGAAAUUUUGGAGCGGGUAGGCUCGGUGGCUUAUCGAUUGCGUUUACCGGAGGGAUGCCGUAUACACGAUGUAUUUCAUGUUUCACUUCUCCGCCCUUUCAUUCGCCGGCCUGACAGUGACCCGAACCCCACUUUGCCGGACAGUUUCUUUAAAGGACGCCCCAUAUCGGUGCCCGUUUCUGCUCUUCAACAGCGUAUGGUUUUGGUGGAUGGUAAACCUCAGCAACAAUGGCAGAUUCGGUGGUCCGACGUCGCCGACGGAGGCUUCACCUGGGAACCGGUAGAGGAUCUGUUGCAACACUUCCCCGAUCUCCGCCUUGAGGACAAGGCUGAUUCUAACCCGGGGGAGUUGAUACGGGAUAGAUAAUUAGUAAUUAGGGUUUGGGGAUGCUUCCAGUAUAAAAGCUACGGGAUGUAAACAAUAAACUCGAGCAGCAAUAAUACAUCCUUUCCCCU